AUGGACGACUGUCCUGAUAAGGCCAACAUACAGUGCCACGGAUGCAGCGGCUUUGGACAUCUUCGUAAAGAAUGCCCGAAAGACGAAUAUCAUGCUAGUAGCAGCACGGUACAAGAAGAAUUGCGUGAGACGCGUCGAAAACUACAAGACACGCAAGAACAGCUACGGCGUGCGCAGCAGGAGAUUAACCUGCUGAGCGAAGACUUGAAGGAAGCAAACGACAAGCAUGAACGCUGGCGCAAAUUCGCACAGGGCAACACAUUGGAUCCCUAUGAAGCACUUAAAAUGCAAGGACUGCACAAAAAACAAUCAGAUCUCCGAUACACCCAACUACGCGAGGUUGAUCCCUUUGCAGCGGAAGCGCAACUGAAAGUCUACGAGCAAUACGUACGGGAUUCCCUCAAUCAGAAUCCAGAUACUCUCAGCAGCACGAUCAACAUACUCGUACACGACAUCGACUUCAUCAUGAUCAAGGAAAUCGACGGCGACUUGAGGUGGAGAUAUGACGCAGCCCUCGCUCUCGCAAGGCAGAUGUAUCGCCCACUGUUGAAGUACGGCUACGGCAGAAUUCCAUUGGACAACCCCACAUGCGUGGCACUGCAAGUUGCCGAUAUCCAAUUGGGUCUCAUAAUCAGGAAUAUGCAUGGAAAUUUCGGAGACGAAGUGGAUUUGAGAAAAGUUCUUAAUCGUCAGAAUGUCCUUAAGACUCACGGUAUCACGGAAUACUACCCGGAUACCACAGUGUUGCUUGAACAGUGUCUUAGACGGGCCGGAUAG